UAAACAAAAUCAGACAAGCUCAGAGGAGGGAAGAAGCCCAGAUGCUGCAGCAAGUGGUCAAGAUAGUGUGCAGCAGCAGCUGAGCACACAGAUCAACAUCAUGAUGACGACCAAGAGACUUGACAACUUUGAGGUGGCGUGCGAGUGGGAUUCAUGCGACUUCAAGGGCCGCACCAUGGAGGAGCUGAGCAAUCAUAUGUCAUUACAUUUAAAGGACUACCUGGGAGACAAUGAUGCCUUAGAGGACCUGGAUGAGUAUGCUUGUCUCUGGAAUGGAUGUGAAUUUCUGGCCAUGGGCAGCCCUGCAGAGCUGGAGGUCCAUGCUUAUUUCCACAACUACCACGGUAAGCUCAAGUUCAUCGGGUCACAGCUGCUCAAGUCCCGUCCUGAUCUGCCCAGCUGCAACCAAGGCCUGCACAGCAACAACCUGGUUCCUGAAGGAUCUGAUGGAUACGUUUGCCAGUGGGAGCACUGCGAUAGUACAUUCAACAAUCCUGAGUGGUUCUACCGACAUGUGGACAAUCAUGUUGAAAGUGCUGAGCCACAGUCUCUCCUGCAGCAACAACAGGCUCUCUUCUGCCACUGGUCAGGAUGCGAUGCUUUCUUCAAAAUCAGAUACCGUUUGAGAGAACACAUGCGAAGCCACACACAGGAGAGACUCGUAGCGUGUCCUACAUGUGGCAGCAUGUUCUCCAGCAACACAAAGUUGUUUGACCACCUGCACAGACAGGCCGAGCCAGUUGAGUCACUGGUAUGUGAACAUUGUGGCAAAGCUUUUUCCAGCGAGAGGCUUUUGAGGGAUCAUGUCCGUCAGCAUGUGAAUCAGGUGAAGUGUCCCUUCUGUGACAUGACCUGCACCACUUUGGCAGCUUUGAAGAUCCACAUCAGGUUCCGCCACUGCGAUGAGCGUCCCUUCCCGUGUGACUUCUGUGACAAAAGAUUUAAGAACCCGAGGGAUCUUCAGAAGCACACAGAGGUUCACAAUGAAGGAACUGUGUAUCACUGUACAGUGGAGGGUUGUGAUUAUUCCUGUUACUCAUUCCAAACCAUGAGCCACCACUUCAAGAGAGUACACGAGGUCGGGGGCAUGUCUAAAUAUAAAUGCCAUAUCUGUGAUAAGGUCUUCUCCUGGUGUUACACUCUCACGCUUCACCUACGCAAGAAGCAUGAGCUAAAAUGGCCGUCUGGACAUUCACGCUUUAGAUACAGAAAGGAUGUAGACGGCUUCCUAAAACUCAACAUGGUGCGGUUUGAGACUGUAGAAGUGACAAAGGAGAUCAUGAAGAACAUGGUUAAAAAGCCGCAGAGCCUUCGGAAAAGUCAGAGAACCAGCAGCCGGAACAAGAGGGCUGCAGUCACACCGGUGAGCGGGCCAAGCUCUCCCGCGGGAUCCUCCUCGCCUUCCUCCAGCUCCUCCUCCUCGUACUCCUCAGAGCUCUCUGGAGGUGAGGAUGUUUCAUCUCAGCCCAGCCCCAGAGACAGUGACUCUCCCGUCUAUUGUGUCAUGAGCACCAUUCCUCACAUUGAGGAGGAGCCUGGAGGAGUAUCUCAAGAGGACUGUGAUGGCAGUGGGACAUCUGGAGCAGUCCAGGCCCUGACCGAGGUCGCGAGGGGCCUGGGCAUGGACGUGGUGUGAUUCCUGCACGCUGCACUGCACCACGUAUCCAUCAUGGAUGCUCUUGUAGCUGUUAUGCAUUGACAUUGGUUUGCCUCUUGUCCUAUAUUUUUGCUGUGGAGCUGCAAGUGAAGACUGGAACUGUUUUUUUCUAGCCAAAGCUUUCUUGUGGUCUCCUGUGGUUUUAGAGUGGUGCUUCAUUGAGAUGGUUAUUUCUUCACUGCUGUUGGAGACCACAGUUUUAUUUUAGCAGCUCUUAUUAACUCCAAUGGCCCAGCUUGGCUUUGUGAUGUCUCCCAUCUAAGGGAUUGCCUGUUAAUCCCACUAAUGAUUCUGAUGAAGCUUACAUGAAUGAGAAGACUUGAAAGCACUACAAAGUGUUGUUCUUCACGUGAUCUUUACACACAGUGUUCCAGUGUCUGUGAUUUGUCCAUGAAGUUGCCUGACAGAGGAUUUCAGAAGUCAUUAUCUUUUAUGCUAGUCUUAGAAUUUUGCUUAAUUUUAUUGUUACAAAUGUGAAAUACAUUUUUUAUACAAAAGAAA